CGCGAAAUGAAUUGCGAAUGUUUAUUUUUGUAGAUAUAAUGCAAGGAAUGUACUACUAUGACUUCACUAAUCACAAGUUAGUCGUGAGAUAACAAUGUGUGGUUGUGAGCCUUGAGUAAAUAAAAAGAAACAAAGUUUAGAUUCAUGUAUUUAAUGUUAUGAUAAAAUUCGAAUUUGUAAAGGGUAUCAAAAUACUUUGUUUUUAUAAAGAUAUCGAGUAAUAAUAAUUAGCACAAUGGCUCAAGAAGAGGAACAGUUAACUGAACGUGAACCUAACAUUAAUACAAUUAGUGAGAUACCAGCAAGAAAAUAUGCUAUUACAAUGGAAUUUCCAUUGUUUCUUGUGAUGAUGGGGAUGUCUCUAUGUGGAGCGGCCAUAAGUAAUGUAGUGUUGUACCGAACUUGCGUACACGCUCUACAUUAUUCCGUGGACGAAUGCAAGCCAUUCCUGUCAAUAGACAAGACUAAUGAGACACAACACUUGGAAGCUGAGGUCCAGAAGUAUGCCACCGUUGUGGGCACAGUCAGGAGUGUCAUUGAAGCGGUGGUACCCGCGAUACUUUGCUUCUUCAUGGGCGUUUGGUCCGAUACCCAUGGAAGGAAACCGCUCGUUGUUUGGCCACUUUUUGGUUUCUCGAUGUCUGCUGGAUUGGUGGUCGUAUACUGUAUGUUGGACAAUUUGGGUCCAUGGUGGUUCGUAUUGACUGCCAUCCCUCAAUCCCUCUGUGGAGGUUUUACCAUAUUCUUUACUGGUGCAUUUUGUUAUUUGAAUGACAUCACGUCGACUGAGAAUAGAUCUAUUAGGAUGAUGUUAUUGGAAGGAGCUGUGGGUUUAGGAAGUGUAGUAGGAGCGCUUAUGAGUCCGCACGUGUUAAGAAUGGUCGGAAACGUGUAUCUUGUGUUAAUAGCUACAGCAUUAAACGUUUUAGCUUACGCAUUUACAAACGUAUACAUAAGAGAAUCCUUGGUUGGAGCUAUAGAGGGUGGUCUCUCGACGGUUCUUGACUUCUUAUUAGUCAAAGAGAUGGUACGAGAAUGUUUCAAAAGACGACCAAACAAUGGCAGAGCCCAAUUACUCCUCUUGACAAUAGCAAACAGCUUAUCAAUAUUUAUUCUUUACGGAUUGAUUCCCUUAGAAUACAUGUUCACAAGACAAAAGCUGCAUUGGGGAAUAAAGGAUUACACACAAUUUUCAGCUUUGGGCACCAUAAUAUCUUUCGUAGGUUCAGCUAUAGGAAUUAUUGUUUUACAAAAACUGUUGAAGAGAAGUGAUUUGUUCGUUACUAACGUAGCGUUUAUAUCGGGAAUCGUUGACUAUCUUAUUAGAACAGCUGCCACCAAGUCUUGGCAUAUGUAUAUGGGUGCGUCCAUAGCUUCAGUAAAGGGUCUUUCAGCGCCAUUAAUCAGGUCCUUCUUGACGAAAAUCCUGCCCGUUGUGGAUAUAGCAAAAGUAUUCGCAUUGAUGUCUGCGAUCGAAGGUCUAUGUCCCCUGAUCUCACCGUUUAUGUACAACUCGCUGUACCAGUUCACCGUUGCAGUGUUUCCGGGAUCGAUUUAUAUACUCAGCAGUGCUAUUACUUUAGUCUGUGUUAUCUGCAUAUCAACGGUCCAGUAUUUCAGAUGGAAUGUUACAACCCCAUAUGAGACUUUGGUUGCAGCUUAGAAACUAGAUAAGUUACUACGACAGUACAUGCUUUUUAUUUUAAGAAUUACUAUAUACAAAUAUUAGUAUAAGAUUAGAAAGCAGCAGAAACUAUAAUAAGUACAUAACUGAGCACACAAAUUAUUUGCGACUUAUUUUGUUGUAAGGUAAAAUGUAUUAUGGAACUUGGGUGUUCGAAAAAGUAUCCAAUUUUAGUGAUAGU